GCCGCCCCCCCCCCCCCGCACCGCCUGCGGGCCCUGGCGCGCUCCUGGCUGGACGAGGACGCGCCCUGGCCCGACCCCACCGUGGCGCCGCUGGGGAACGCCGAGAUCCGCGCCCACAUCCUUGUCAAAAACCCCGAAACCCCCGCAUUUAACCCCAAAACCCCCCCGUUUUUCGGGGUGCUGGCCGGCUGCCCAUUCGCCGAGGCGGUUUUCGCGGUGUCAGGCUGCUCCGUGCUCUGGAAGGUUCCCGAAGGUUCCUGGCUGGGCCCGGGCCAGGCGCUGCUGGCCGAGGUUCGCGGCCCCGUUUCCGGGCUGCUCCUGGCCGAGCGCACGGCCCUCAACGUCCUGGGCCGCUGCAGCGGCGUGGCCUCCAUGGCCGCCCGGGCCCGGGGCGUCGCCGAGAGCCGAAACUGGGGAGGGGUCGUGGCGGGGACGCGCAAGUGCACGCCCGGCUUCAGGGCGGCCGAGAAGUACGCGCUGGGCGUGGGCGGCGCGCAGGGGCACCGUGAGGGGCUGGGGGCGUUCGGCCUCAUCAAGGACAACCACAGGGCCGUGGCCGAGAUGGGCGGCGGGCACGAAGGGCUGAUUGAGGGGGCGCGCCGGGCCGGGGGCUUCACGCGGAAAUUGGGCGUGGAGUGCACGAGCGCCGAGCAGGCGCUGGAGGCGGCCAAGGCUGGGGCCGACGUCGUCCUGCUCGACAACCUGAGCCCAGAGGCGCUGCACGCGGCGGCCGCGCGCGUCAAGGCCGCGCACCCGCGGGUGCUGGUGGAGGCCAGCGGGGGCAUCGGCCUGGAGAGCCUGGGCAGCUUCCUGGGGCCCCACGUGGACGUUGUGUCCAUGGGGUGCCUGACCCACAGCGCCCCCGCGCUUGACUGCGCCCUCAAGGUGGUGGGCAUGGGGGACGGAGCCGAGGAAAAGUGA